AUGUUCGUUGUGGCUAUACUGGCCAAACUAGUUUUUGGCAUGGAUAUCGUAUCCGGUGUGCUACUCGGCGCAGUGUUAGGUGCCGUUUCGCCUGCUGUCGUUAUUCCUGCUCUGUUGGACGCCUCUAAAGCAGGUUAUGGCGUACAAGCUGGUGUACCGUCUCUUGUCAUUGCUGCUGCUAGCCUGGAUGAUGUGUAUGCAAUUACCAUUUUCAGUCUCGCACUGUCUUUGUUGUUUCCUUCAGGUAUUUAUUAUUGUAUACCAACUUUUACAAAAGCAGGAGUGUUGCGGUAG